GAAUUCCCAUUGUUUUUUUUUCUUCACAAUUCACAAUCGAUUCCUGUGUUUGUGUGCUGGUGGAUUAUUUUUUCAUUUUGAUUAGUUAAUUUUACUUUUCAUUGAGAAAAUUUGCCGACAAAAAAAAAUUCAGUGACCAACUGCAAAAUUGAAUAUGAUUCUAAAAAUAUCUUUUUAGAUUCAGUCAAUGUACAGUUAUUCGGAUUCAUAUAGCUGUGGCCUUGGAAUUUCAUCUAUAAUCAUACUUAAAUUGUAGUAAUAAUCGUUGUAAAAACAUGACGACGGUACAAUCAUCAGCACAAGCAGCAGCUGCUGCUUCCAAUCAACAAUCCAAUGAUCAAUCCGAUCCGAUUCAGUAUCAUCCACCGACUAAUUUUGCUGGACCAAUUGGACCGGGUGGUCCAGCAUAUAUUAAAUCUGAAGUCGAUUUUCAACGAUUGAUUAAUGGUGAUGCAGAUCGUCUUGUAUCUCGUGCAUCAAAUUUAUUACAUAAUAAAGCAUUUACCGAUGUUACAUUUAUUGUCGGGCCACCUAAUCAUUCGAAAAAAUAUGUUGGACAUCGUGUAUUAUUGGCAAUGACAAGCCCUGUAUUUGAGGCAAUGUUUUAUGGUGAUAUGGCCGAUAAAUCUAAAGUUAUCCGUAUACCGGAUAUUGCACCUAUUGGAUUUGAAAAUCUUUUACGUUAUGCAUACACUGAUUCAUUAAACCUAAAUUCUGUUGAUGAUGCCAUGUUAACUGCAUAUGCAGCAAAGAAAUAUCUUCUUCCACAUCUUCUUCGAGAAUGUUUAACCUAUAUUGAAAAAAACAUAACACCUUCAAGUGCUUGUGCUGUUUAUGAAUUUGCCAUUGCACUUAAUUCACAACAAUUGAUUUUCCAAGCAAUCAAUACGAUUGAUAGACAAACAUAUCAUGUUAUAACUCAUAAAUCAUUCAAUAACAUUCAAUUGUCAACAUUGGAAUUUAUUGUUAAUCGCCGAUAUUUGAAUCUUUAUUCAGAAUUUUCGUUGCUAAAUGCUGUCGUACAAUGGGCACAACAUGAAUGCAAAAGAUCCGCUAAACAGGUGAACGAUUGGAAUAUUGUUCGUAACAUUCUAAAUGAAAGCAUUGUGCUUAAAAGCAUACGAUUUUUAACAAUGACGGCAGAAGAAUUUGCUCGUGUUGUUUCGCAAACAACAAUGAGCACACCAUCAAUGGAUGAAAAUGGUUCCGGUGAUGGCAAAAAUGGUAUCGAUUGCGGCAAUAAUUUGAAUACACCUUCAUUCUUGACCAAAAACGAACAGAUUGCAAUAUUUAUGAAUUUAGCUAUACCUGGUAUCGUAUCGAUACCAAAAUGUUUGAGUCAUGAAACUACUCCACGUUGUGCACCACCUGAAUAUUUUACCGUGAGACGAUACAAACCUGUGACAUAUGCUACAACGACUACAUUAGCACAUGUAACAAGCUCAAAUGCGGCUGGUGCUGCUGGAAAUAAACCAGUAAAAUCUGUUUGCUCAAAAUUUUUGGUCAACAAUAGUGAUCUAUUUAUUGUUGGAGCAUCCAUACCAAUUCGUCUGGAUCCAGGUUACUAUUCUGUUCGUACACCAAAAUUAGAUUGUCAGCUUAAAUUCACAUCAAAACUCAAUUUACCGGAUGGACAGAUGGUGACCGGUAGAGGAACCGAUGAACAUCAAAUCAUUCUGGAUACAAUCGAUGAAUCAUUAUCAUUUGUUAUUUCAAAAGAUAAAGAUUGUCAUGUAAAACUGAAGAAACCAUUACAUGUAAAGAAAGGAAAUAUAAAUGAAUUGUUGUUAACAUUUCAAUCGACUGCAUUGACUGAUGAUAUUGUUGUCAUCAAAGGUCAUCGUAACAAAACACCACAAAUGGAAAUCGUCGAUGGUGAAGCAAUAAGUUGGACAUUUUUGAAAACAAGCACAGUUGAAUUCAAUGAACUUUACUAUUAUUAUUGAUCAAACUUAAUAAUUGGAUUGUGAAACUUUUAUCUGUUUACAAACAGAAUCUG